GCCGCCCCCACCCAGGAGCGGGAGGAGAGGAGAGAGAGAGAGAGCAGGGGAGGGAGGGAGCAGGGUCUGCCUGUCUUCUAAGCACAAGGACUUGGGCACUGCCUUCUCCACGGGUGGCAGGGGAACCCAGAGCUGGACAGCUGCAAGCGCGGGCAGUAACGGAAGCAGAGGGAGGGAGGCUGGCUAAUUCUGGAUGGGGGGCAGAAAUCCAGCCCCCGUGAGGGAAUGAAUAUUGGACAGGGAUGGACAAUUUGGAAAGCAAGGACCAUGAUGGAAAAGCUUGCAAGAGUUCCCAGUAAAAUCCAGGUUGUCACCGGAUAAAUCCAGGGAAUUGCUGCAGAAUUCCAUCCUCUGCAACUUAAAACAUAUAGACCGGUUCCUGUCUUUACCGUUUGAACAUAUAGGUCUCUUUUUAAAAGGUGUGUUUGGGGAAGGGGAGAGAACCCCAGAAAGCUCUUUCGGUGCCAGUUACGCGAAGGGGCAGCAGUCAGAGACCUUGCAGGUGGUGUCGGCACCUGGAAGUUGCUUUUGUCUUUGGAGCAAUAUCCGUCCAAGCUCAGAGAGCGUUUUCAUUUCAUCCAUCUCUCCCAAAGUGUCUGGGUUGCAAACCCGUGGAGCCGCGGCGGCAGCAGCAGCAGCAGUAGCUGCUCCUCUUCUCUAGCAGCAGCAGCAUCAGAUUAUGGUGUCAGCGGGCACACGGGGCUGUGGAUGCGUUUCCUCCUGGAAAUCAGAAUCUCCAAGUGCCAACUGAAGACUCUCAACCCUGCCGCAGCCCCGAGCCCUUCCCAGCGAGAGCUGUAGGCAAGGUGGGGGGGGGGCGGGAAAGAGGGAGAGGGCCAAGUCGACUGUGUGUGUGUCUCGGUGUGUGAGUGUGUGUGUGUGUGUGUGUGUGUGUGUGUGUGUGUGUGUCUGUGAGUGGGGUUGCGUUAUCAUGGCGGAUCGGACAGCUCCUAGAUGCCAGCUUCGGCUGGAGUGGGUUUACGGUUACAGGGGUCACCAAUGCCGCAACAACCUGUACUAUACCGCGGGCAAGGAGGUGGUCUACUUCGUGGCUGGAGUCGGGGUGGUGUACAACACCCGGGAGCACAACCAGAAAUUCUUCUUGGGACACAACGACGACAUUAUCAGCCUUGCCUUACAUCCGGAUAAAACCUUGGUUGCGACUGGACAAGUUGGGAAGGAUCCUUAUAUUUGUAUUUGGGAUUCUUAUAAUGUACAUACUGUUUCUAUUCUUAAAGAUGUACAUACACAUGGAAUUGCUUGCCUGGCUUUUGAUUCAGAUGGACAGCGUUUAGCCUCUGUGGGAUUGGAUGCCAAAAACACAGUCUGCAUUUGGGACUGGAAGAAGGGAAAACUACAGGCAACAGCAACUGGCCAUUCAGACAGGAUUUUUGAUAUUUCCUGGGAUCCAUAUCAACCAAACAGAGUAGUUAGUUGCGGAGUGAAGCAUAUUAAGUUUUGGACACUAUGUGGAAAUGCGCUAACUGCAAAAAGAGGAAUAUUUGGCAAAACAGGGGAUCUGCAGACGAUCCUUUGCCUUGCAUGUGCCAAAGAUGUUACCUACUCUGGUGCUUUAAAUGGAGAUAUAUAUGUCUGGAAAGGGUUAAAUUUAGUCCGCACGAUUCAAGGAGCUCACAGUGCUGGAAUCUUUAGCAUGUAUGCCUGUGAUGAGGGCUUUGCCACUGGUGGUCGAGAUGGGUGUAUACGAUUAUGGGAUAUUGACUUCAAACCAAUAACCAAAAUUGAUCUCAGGGAAACUGAGCAAGGAUACAAAGGUUUGUCCAUCCGUAGUGUUUGCUGGAAAGCAGAUCGACUUUUAGCAGGUACACAGGACAGUGAAAUAUUUGAAGUGAUAGUGAGAGAAAGAGAUAAGCCGAUGUUGAUCAUGCAAGGUCAUUGUGAAGGGGAGCUCUGGGCCCUGGCUGUCCAUCCCAAGAAACCUUUAGCUGUUACAGGCAGUGAUGAUCGAUCUGUCCGAUUGUGGAGCCUUGCUGAUCACGCCUUGAUUGCCCGCUGUAAUAUGGAAGAAGCAGUACGCAGUGUAUCAUUCAGUCCAGAUGGAUCUCAGUUAGCACUGGGGAUGAAAGAUGGGUCUUUCAUUGUCCUCCGAGUCAGAGAUAUGACAGAAGUGGUUCAUAUCAAAGACCGAAAGGAAGUAAUUCAUGAAAUGAAAUUUUCUCCAGAUGGUUCUUAUCUUGCAGUAGGGUCCAAUGAUGGUCCGGUAGAUAUCUAUGCUGUUGCUCAACGAUAUAAAAAAAUUGGAGAAUGUAACAAAUCUUUUAGUUUUAUUACUCACAUUGACUGGUCUAUGGAUAGUAAAUACUUACAAACCAAUGAUGGUGCAGGAGAACGAUUAUUCUACAAGAUGCCAUCUGGAAAACCCUUAACAACUAAAGAGGAAAUCAAAGGGAUUCAUUGGACUGCCUGGACCUGUGUGAUUGGGCCUGAAGUGAGUGGGAUUUGGCCCAAAUACAAUGACAUUACUGAUAUCAAUUCAGUAGAUGCAAAUUACAACAGUUCAGUGAUGGUCACUGGAGAUGACUUUGGACUGGUUAAAUUAUUUAAAUUUCCUUGUCUAAAGAAAGGGUCUAGAUUCAGUGAGUAUGUUGGCCAUUCAGCUCAUGUGACAAAUGUCCGCUGGUCACAUGAUUCGUGGGUGUUAAGUACAGGAGGUGCUGACCACUCGGUUUUUCAGUGGAGGUUUAUUCCAGAAGGUGUGACCAAUGGAAUCCUCGAUUCAGCACUCAGGGAGGGUGGCAAUGAUUCAUACAGUGGAUCAGAUUCAGAUUUAUCAGAUGUGCCAGAGUUGGACUCAGAUAUCGAGCAAGAAGCUCAAAUCAACUAUGAGCGCCAGGUUUACAAAGAAGAUCUACCUCAGCUGAAACAACAAAGUAAAGAGAAAAAACCAUUCUGUCCCUUCCUUAAAAGAGAAAAGGCUCCAGAGGACAGCUUGAAGCUACAGUUCAUACAUGGUUAUAGAGGCUACGACUGUAGAAAUAAUCUGUUCUAUACCCAAACUUGAGAGGUGGUCUACCAUAUUGCGGCAGUUGCUGUUGUGUACAAUAGGCAGCAACACUCCCAGAUUGUAUCUGGACAUGACGAUGAUAUCCUUAGCCUUGCUAUUCAUCCAGUGAAAGACUAUGUAGCUACAUGGACGUAUGUUGGAAGAGAUGCUGCUAUCCAUGUAUGGGACACGCAAACUCUAAAAUGUUUGUCACUAUUAAAGGGACAGCAUCAGCGAGGCGUGUGUGCUCUGGAUUUCUCAGCUGAUGGGAAAUGUCUGGUGUCUGUUGGUCUAGAUGACUUUCACAGUAUUGUUUAUUGGGACUGGAAAAAAGGAGAAAAAGUAGCAACAACAAGAGGACAUAAAGAUAAGAUAUUUGUAGUGAAGUGCAACCCACAUCAUGUGGACAGACUGGUUACUGUUGGGAUAAAGCACAUCAAAUUCUGGCAACAAGCAGGUGGGGGCUUUACAUCUAAACGAGGAAUCUUUGGCAGUAUCGGGAAACUGGAAACAAUGAUGUCUGUUUCUUAUGGACGAAUGGAAGACCUGGUUUUCUCUGGAGCUGCAACGGGAGAUAUUUUUAUUUGGAAAGAUAUUCUUUUACUUAAGACUGUGAAAGCUCAUGAUGGGCCUGUUUUUGCUAUGCAUGCAUUGGAUAAGGGUUUUGGAACAGGUGGAAACGAUGGAAUUGUGGAACUCUGGGAUGAUAUGUUUGAGAGAUGCUUGAAGACUUACGCUAUUAAAAGAUCCGCAUUAUCAACUAGCUCUUAAGGGUUGCUCUUAGAAGACAAUCCUUCAAUUCGUGCCAUCACUUUGGGGACAGGACAUAUCCUAGUAGGGACCAAGAAUGGAGAGAUACUUGAGAUUGCUAAGAGUGGCCCUAAGACUCUGCUUGUUCAGGGGCAUAUGGAGGGAGAAGUCUGGGGUUUGGCAGCUCACCCUCUCCUGCCUAUCUGCGCGACUGUGAGUGAUGAUAAAACUCUUCGAAUCUGGGAACUGUCAUCCCAGCACCGCAUGCUGGCUGUUCGAAAGCUCAAAAAAGGUGGGAGAUGCUGUGCCUUUUCUCCUGAUGGGAAAGCCUUAGCGGUUGGGCUGAAUGAUGGGAGCUUCCUAGUUGUGAAUGCUGACACUGUUGAAGAUAUGGUCUCCUUUCACCACAGGAAGGAGAUGAUCUCUGAUAUUAAAUUUUCCAAAGACACAGGGAAAUACCUGGCUGUGGCAUCCCAUGAUAAUUUUGUAGACAUUUACAAUGUACUCACCAGCAAAAGAGUUGGUAUCUGCAAGGGUGCUUCAAGUUAUAUUACACAUAUCGACUGGGAUUUGAGAGGAAAAUUGUUACAAGUCAACUCAGGUGCCAAAGAACAACUAUUUUUCGAAGCCCCAAGAGGAAAAAGACAUAUAAUAAGAGCUUCAGAGAUUGAGAAGAUAGAAUGGGACACGUGGACAUGUGUUUUGGGUCCUACUUGUGAAGGAAUUUGGCCAGCACACAGCGAUGUGACAGAUGUGAAUGCUGCUAGUCUUACCAAAGAUUGCUCCCUUUUAGCCACAGGAGAUGACUUUGGUUUUGUAAAAUUAUUUUCGUAUCCUGUAAAGGGCCAACAUGCAAAAUUCAAGAAAUAUGUGGGGCAUGGUGCCCAUGUCACCAAUGUCAGAUGGUUGCAUAAUGAUUCUGUACUGCUAACUGUAGGCGGCGCCGAUACUGCUCUGAUGAUCUGGACAAGAGAAUUCGUAGGAACCCAGGAAAGUAAAUUGGUUGACAGUGAGGAAUCAGAUACAGAUGCUGAGGAGGAUGGAGGCUAUGACAGUGAUGUUGCCAGGGAAAAGGCCAUUGACUAUACCACUAAGAUCUACGCGGUAAGCAUCAGGGAAAUGGAAGGCACUAAGCCACACCAACAGCUGAAAGAGAUUUCAAUGGAGGAAAGGCAGGGAAUUGUCAAGGGAUCCAGGCCACCAGUGAGCAGGGCAGCUCCCCAACCAGAAAAACUGCAAAAGAAUAAUAUCACCAAAAAAAAGAAACUGGUCGAGGAGCUGGCUUUAGAUCAUGUAUUUGGCUAUAGAGGAUUCGAUUGUCGUAAUAACCUGCAUUACCUUAAUGAUGGUGCCGAUAUAAUCUUCCACACUGCAGCAGCAGGCAUAGUUCAGAACCUUUCCACAGGAAGCCAGAGUUUCUAUCUGGAACACACUGAUGACAUUCUCUGUUUGACUGUAAACCAACACCCUAAGUAUAAAAAUGUGGUAGCCACCAGCCAAAUAGGAACAACGCCUUCAAUCCACAUAUGGGAUGCAAUGAGCAAACAGACACUUUCAAUGCUACGGUGUUUCCAUGCGAAAGGGGUUAAUUAUAUCAAUUUCAGUGCGACUGGAAAGCUCCUGGUGUCAGUAGGAGUAGACCCAGAGCAUACGAUCACAGUCUGGCGAUGGCAAGAAGGUGCCAAAGUGGCCAGCCGAGGGGGCCACCUUGAGCGAAUAUUUGUAGUUGAAUUCCGUCCAGACUCCGACACACAAUUUGUGUCUGUGGGGGUCAAACACAUGAAGUUCUGGACACUGGCUGGCAGUGCCCUGCUCUACAAGAAAGGAGUGAUUGGAUCCACGGAAGGUGCCAAAAUGCAGACAAUGCUCUCUGUGGCCUUUGGUGCUAACAACCUCACUUUCACUGGCGCCAUAAAUGGAGAUGUCUAUGUCUGGAAGGACCAUUUUCUUAUUAGGCUGGUGGCCAAAGCUCACACAGGCCCAGUCUUUACAAUGUAUACAACUCUUCGAGAUGGACUGAUAGUCACUGGUGGAAAGGAGAGACCGACCAAAGAAGGAGGAGCUGUGAAACUGUGGGACCAGGAGAUGAAGCGCUGCCGGGCAUUUCAGCUAGAGACUGGGCAACUGGUAGAGUGUGUGCGCUCAGUGUGUAGAGGCAAAGGGAAAAUUUUAGUAGGAACCAAAGAUGGAGAAAUAAUUGAAGUUGGUGAAAAAAAUGCUGCUUCCAACAUGUUGAUUGAUGGCCACAUGGAAGGGGAGAUCUGGGGUCUGGCCACUCAUCCUACCAAGGAUAUUUUCAUCUCGGCCAGCAAUGAUGGUACAGCCAGGAUCUGGGACCUGGCAGACAAAAAACUUCUGAAUAAGGUCAACUUGGGCCAUGCAGCCAGGUGUGCUGCCUAUAGCCCUGAUGGAGACAUGGUGGCCAUUGGCAUGAAAAAUGGAGAAUUUGUCAUCUUACUAGUGAACAGCCUGAAAGUCUGGGGGAAAAAACGAGAUCGGAAAUCAGCUAUUCAGGAUAUCAGAAUGAGUCCAGACAACCACUUCUUAGCUGUGGGCUCAUCAGAGCACACUGUUGACUUCUAUGACCUCACCCAAGGCACAAACUUGAACCGAAUUGGAUAUUGCAAAGAUAUCCCAAGCUUCGUUAUUCAGAUGGAUUUCUCAGCUGACAGCAAAUACAUACAGGUUUCAACUGGGUCUUACAAGCGUCAGGUGCAUGAAGUCCCAUUGGGGAAGCAGGUGACUGAUGCCACAGUCAUCGAGAACAUCACCUGGGCCACCUGGACAAGCAUUCUAGGAGAUGAAGUCAUUGGGAUCUGGCCCCGAAAUGCAGACAAGGCUGAUGUUAACUGUGCCUGUGUGACCCAUGCUGGCCUGAAUGUUGCCACCGGAGAUGACUUUGGGCUGGUGAAACUCUUUGAUUUUCCGUGUACAGAAAAAUUUGCCAAACACAAGCGUUACUUUGGUCAUUCCGCUCAUGUGACCAAUAUCCGAUUCUCUCAUGACGACAAGUACGUGAUCAGUACUGGAGGAGAUGAUUGCAGUAUAUUUGUGUGGAGAUGUUUGUAAAACAAAGAACAACAACAACAACAAAAACACAAAACCUGCAGAAAUGGAUCAUAAUACUGCUGCGUUUCCAAGGCUGUGGCCAGGUGCCUCUUUACCUUUUCAGGUGCUUGGAAAUGAUUGAUGUAAGAGGAUGCAGUCACAAUUGUGGUGUUUUAAGGAAGCCCUCUAACAACCUGAAAUUUGCAAAACUGAUAAAUCCCAUGGAGAAGGAAAACCAAACUUAAAACUCUGGUGGCCCCUAUUCCUAAAGUCUAGAAACCAACACACACACACACACACACACACACACACACACACACACACACACACUCAAAAUCUUGUCUGACAAUGUAGCCCACUGACAAAAUUUUAAGCCUCAGUUGCCCUAACAAUUACAUAGCUUUACUUUGCAUUGUAACUUCUUAAAAGUAUGGUUUAGGUCCUUUUUUCACACAUUUUAGAUGUUCACCUUUUCAAAAUCACUAUCUUGAAUGAGAUUAAUUCUAAGUUAUAUGCACUGGGAUAAAAGAAAUGCUAAAAGUACACUUUUUCCACUAAAGCUAAACACUUUCAAAAACCAAAUGAGCCAUGUACAAAAAAAGUUUAAAAUGUUAAUUUUUUAAUGUUUUAUUUGCAGAGUUUUAUAUCCAUAAAGUGCCUUUGAAAGUUUUUAGUCAUGUGGGCUACUCUCACCUCCCACAAAUACCUGCUUUCUACAUAUGGUGCUAUAACUUUCAAACUGAGGGCUAACCAAACACCCUUAGCAGAUAUGUAGUUUCUCAUUCCUGUCCUUUUAAUUUUUAUAAAAUUUGUAAUGGGAUGACACAAGUCAUCUGCUUCACAAAUAAUGGUACAAGGUGAGCUAAAGUUGUUACUUGAGUGCAGUAGGACUGGAGUGGAGGGAGAAUGACUGAGAUGUUCAUUAAGCAUCGUUCACUAAGCAGGCCAGACCCCCAAAUCACAUUUUUCAAAAAUUCUAGAAAUAAAAAAGCCUGCUUCCAAGGCACAAGAUGGACUCGAAACUGACUUGUUUUAUGUCUUCUAGUCUAUGCUUUGAUGGUAGAUAGCUAAAUGUCAUUUAAAAUCAUUGCUGCCUCAAUUUCCUGAGUGAUAGUAGCUGAACUGAACCUGUCUUUCCUGCAUCCCCAUUCCUUCUCUUCUCACUUUCCACCUCUCAAAAUUGGCAGGUGGCCUCGAGCUAGGGUUGUUGACUUUUUGUCCAUUGUCUUGCUUCAGGAAAAGGUCAGAACAAAAAUCCCUGUGUGAUAAAUUCCUAAGCCCCUGAGGUAUUUGAUACAACUUGAUCUUGGUAAUUAAAAACAAAACAAAACACAACUGAAAGUUGCCAGUCAUGUUUAUAAAAUGAGUUUUGCUUGAUAGUCUUUCCCAAACCACACUAUCUAAGAUGAUAUUGUAAUCUAUUAUUGGUAAAAAUAAACCACAGGGCCCUACCACCCCAGUGCCUUGCAUAAAGAAGGCACUUGAUAAAUCUUUUGUUGACUACAGGGUAGGGCAGUGAAUUAAGAGGGAAAGAAGGCAAAAGUACACUGUAUUGAAUGGCAGUACUGACAGUAUGCACUAGCUAUUCCUUAUACAUUUACUGAAUUAAACUACUGAAAUUUAAGAGCUAUUGGCUAUUUUAUCACAUGUAGACAAAAAAAGCAAAAUGGAGUAUCUUCAAUUAAGGAAUAAAGAUUCCAACAUCACAAGUGCUUCAGCAUUCUCAAUGAAAUACAUCAUUCAUUAAGCUAUUUUUCUAUGCCAAACUUAUUAAUGCCUUAUGUUGAUAUACAAUUAGUUUGUCAGAUCCACGAUGAGUCCCCUAUGCAGUCUUCACUUAGAGUUUAAUUUUUUUCCCCCUGUAUUAAUAACGUAACCAUAUUGGCUGGUGAUGCUGGGUGAUCACCACAUUUGCCUAUGUUGUACUACUGUUGGCCUUUCAUAUUGAUUGUACCUUAAAUAGAAAUAAACGUGAAAAUACAAUGAACUGAUCAAUGGUGAUAUGUGAAAACUAUAUUUAAGAGCAAUAGUGUCUGUGUGUGUCAGGAAAACAAUAUAUAAUUUGUAAGCAUUUAUAUGGUAUGAUUUUAUGUAUAAAUCUGGCACUGUAUCCUAAUAAUGUAAAUUAAAAUAUUGGCGCAUGAAUUUAUUUUUCAAUUGU